AUGCCCUACCAGGGGGUUAGUGGAGGGUACAUGGACUAUGGCUCGCAACUGAACCAGUUUUCAACCUACAGCAGCCCGAUGUCCCCCCCCAAUCCCAAUGCCUCGGUGGGAGCAGGAGCAGCAGCAGGAGGCGGGAUGGGAAUGACCGGGGGAAUGGGAGGGGCAAUGGGUGGGGGAAUGGGUGGUGGAAUGGGCGGCGGGAUGGGUGGCGGACUGGGCGGAGGCAUGGGCGGCGGCAUGACCACUCCGUACGGAAUUCGCCCACCGGUGCCGCCCACCCCAUACGGCUCAUCCCCUGGCUCGGGGAAGGGCGGGUCUGGGGAGAUGCGAAACCAGCCGCGAUCGGGGUAUUGA